CGCAAGAUGGCGGUGGAGCCGCAACGGGAGGCCGUGUGGCCCGAGGGCGCGGGGGCCGACGCGGGCUUCGUGCGCGCCGUGCUCUCGCUGCCCGAGAAGCCCGAAACCACUGUGCGCUUCUUCGAGCGCGGACUACGACACGUGCACGGCGUGGACGCGCGGCUGGCGGCCCGCGAGCUCUUCCGCACCCGCGCCGUCAUCCGGCAGCUGGCGGGGGCACCGGGAACUCAGAAACUUGAGAGUGUUGUGCUUAGUAAAAUGAACUUUGAAUCUUUUGUGAGAGAUCUGCUUCUGGUCCGUCAUUACAGAGUUGAAGUUUACAAGAACAAAGCAGGGAGCAAAUCUGUCAAAGAAAAUGACUGGUAUUUAGCUUACAAGGGUUCUCCAGGAAAUCUUGCCCAGUUUGAGGAAGUUCUCUUUGCCAACAAUGACAUGUCCUCGGCCGUUGGGGGUGGGGUUAAGCUGUCCACUGCUGAUGGACAAAGAGUAGUAGGAGCGGGCUUUGUUGACACCACGCUGAGAAAAUUGAGUGUUUGUGAGUUUCCAGAUAACGAUCAGUUCUCAAACCUUGAAGCUCUACUGGUUCAGCUGGGACAGGAGUGUGUCCUACCAGGAGGAGACACUGCAGGAGAGAUGGGAAAACUGCGACAAGUCGUUCAGAGGGGAGGGAUCCUGAUUACAGACAGGAAGAAGGCGGAUUUCACAACAAAGGAUAUUGUUCAGGAUCUCAAUCGCUUGUUAAAAUCAAAAAAAGAAGAACAAAAGAAUAGUGCAGCGCUGCCAGAGAUGGAAAAGCAGGUUGCUGUUUCGUCCUUGUCAGCCGUUAUCAAGUUUUUGGAGUUGCUGUCAGACGAGUCUAAUUUUGGACAAUUUGAACUGACUUUUGAUCUCAGUCAAUAUAUGGUUCUAGAUAAUGCAGCUGUUCAAGCCCUCAACCUUUUUCAGAGUUCUGUGGAAAAUGGGAAUACUGCACAAUCUCUAGUUGGUUUGCUCAAUAAAUGCAGAACCCCUCAAGGACAAAGACUAGUUAAUCGGAUCAAACAACCGCUUAUGGACAAGAACAGAAUUGAAGAAAGGUUGAAUUUGGUUGAAGCGUUUGUGAUGGAUCCAGAACUACGUCAGUGCCUUCAAGAAGAUCUCUUACGUCGCUUUCCAGACCUCAACCGGAUGGCAAAGAAAUUUCAGAGACAAGCAGCAAACUUACAGGACUGUUACCGAAUGUACCAGGCUAUUAAUCAAGUGCCUAAUGUUAUAGAAGCACUAGAAAAACAUGAAGGAGCUCACCAGAUGUUGUUGUUGGCAGUGUUUAUAACACCCCUUAAUGAUAUCUGCUCUGACUUCUCAAAAUUUCUGGAGAUGAUAGAGACAACAUUGGAUAUGGAUAAGGUGGAGAAUCAUGAAUUUCUUGUCAAGUCUUCUUUUGAUCCUAAUUUAACAGAAUUAAGUGAGAAGAUGAAUGAACUGGAAGAGCAAAUGCAGUCCUUGUUAAAGACUGCAGCCAAAGAACUAGGUUUGGAAGCUGGCAAAAGUAUCAAACUGGAGACAAAUUCACAGUUUGGACAUCACUUUCGAAUAACUUGCAAGGAGGAAAAAGUUCUCCGCAACAAUUCAAAAUAUGCAAUAGUUGAUACACAGAAGAAUGGUGUGAAAUUCACCAACAGCAAACUGAGCUCUGUCAAUGAAGAAUAUAAAAGGAACAGAGAAGAGUAUGAAGAGGCUCAGGAUGCAAUUGUUAAGGAAAUCAUUAGCAUUGCUUCAGGUUAUGCAGAGCCAAUGCAGACGAUGAACGACGUGGUAGCUCAGUUAGAUGUGGUUGUCAGUUUUGCUCACGUGUCCAACGGAGCACCGGUGCCGUAUGUCCGUCCCGUCAUUCUGGAAAAGGGACAGGGGAGGAUUGUGCUGAAAGGUGCCAGGCAUCCUUGCCUCGAAAUGCAGGACGAGGUGGCUUUCAUCCCCAAUGAUGUUACAUUCGAGAAGGGCAAGCAGAUGUUCCACAUUAUUACUGGCCCUAACAUGGGGGGAAAAUCAACCUACAUCCGGCAGACGGGAGUGAUUGUUCUUAUGGCCCAAAUUGGGUGUUUUGUUCCGUGUGACUCUGCAGAAAUAACCAUUGUGGAUUGUAUCCUGGCUCGGGUGGGAGCAGGAGACAGUCAGCUGAAAGGCGUGUCUACUUUCAUGGCUGAAAUGCUGGAAACUGCUUCAAUCCUUAGGACAGCAUCUGAAAACUCCCUGAUAAUUAUUGAUGAGCUGGGAAGAGGAACUUCUACCUACGAUGGCUUUGGCUUAGCAUGGGCUAUCUCAGAAUACAUUGCUACCAAAAUCUGUGCUUUCACUAUGUUUGCUACACAUUUUCAUGAACUGACAGCUCUUGCUGACGAAGUGCCAACAGUAAAUAACCUACAUGUUACUGCUCUGACCACCGAUGACACACUGACGAUGCUUUAUCGUGUCAAGGAAGGUUUUUGUGACCAGAGUUUUGGAAUACAUGUAGCAGAGUUGGCAGCUUUCCCAAAACAUGUGAUAGAAAGUGCAAGAGCGAAAGCCUUGGAGCUGGAGGAGUUUCAGAACAUUGGCAAGUCCAAGGACUCUGAAGGAGAACCAUCAGCCAAGAAACCCUACAGAGAGAGAGAGGAAGGUGAAAAGAUAAUUCAGGAUUUUCUUUGUCAAGUGAAAGCAUUGCCCCUGACAGACAUGUCAGAAGAAGACAUCAAAAUCAAGCUGAAACAGCUGAGAAAUGAUGUGCUGGCAAAGAACAACAGUUUUGUGAAUGAAAUAAUUUCUCGAAUGAAAGUUACAUCAUUAUAGGUGUGAGAACAGCAUACAGCUCUUGAAGCAUAUUUUGCAUUGAAAGAACUAUAAUUUUCUUGUCUUGUAGCUUUUAUACUUUAUGAUACUUGUACUGAUUUAUGUAGGCAUUUUUUUUUCUUGGAUUGUAAUUAUUUUGUAAAAAAUUCUGAGCACAUUAUGUGCCAGAUUGCUGCUUUAGUUGUGACCACUGUACUCUUCUAGAAGUUUUCAAUAAAGUACUUUUUCAUAUUGAGAGAA